AUGAUUACGGGAAUAAGCAAGGUAUUUAGUACUGUAAAGAGAGGAACACAGAAGCCAUUGAUGCUUGCAGGAAAGUUUUAUAAUCACUCAGAUCCAGAACUUGUUAACGAACGUGAAAUUUCUAAAAUGAUUUGUAACGAAUACAAUAAAACACAAGUUGAUGAAGUUGAUAAACGAAGGAACUUAUUAAAGAUUCUAUUUAAGGAAGACACUGAUGUUUAUAUCAAUCCUCCUUUCUUUUGUGAUUAUGGCUCAAAUAUCAAAUUUGGAAAAGAGUGUUAUUACAAUUACAAUUGCACCAUUCUUGAUGUCAACAAAGUUGAAUUCGGAGAUGGUGUUUUAGUUGCACCAAAUGUUUCAUUUUAUAGUGCAACACAUCCUAUUGAUCCAAAAUUGAGAAAAGAAGGAAAAGAAUAUGGCCUUCCAAUAAAAAUUGGUAACAAUGUUUGGAUUGGAGGAAGUUCUGUUAUUUGUCCUGGUGUUUCAAUUGGCGAUAAUUCAGUUAUCGGAGCAGGUUCUGUUGUUGUCAAAGAUAUUCCUGCAAAUUCAGUUGCAGUAGGAAAUCCUGCAAGAGUUAUAAAGAAAUUAGAAGUUUCAAAUGAGUAA